AUGACCGAGUCUAUAGCCAAGAAAGCCGUCUGUGUGUACUGUGGAUCUUCAUUCGGUAGCAGCAAAGGGUUUUCCGAGGAGGCCCGCAAACUGGGCCAACUGUUGCACGCCAUGAAGUGGAAACUCGUGUACGGAGGAGGAACGACCGGGCUGAUGGGAGAGAUCGCCAAAGCCACCAUGGGUCCAGAAGCGGACGGCUACGUCCACGGCAUCAUUCCCAAUGCUCUGGUCUCUAGGGAGCGCAAGGAAGAGAGUGCUGCCGAGCAGCGAGACUCGGUUUCAUCCUUCAACGACGAAAUAAAGAAAUCGGUGGAAAACCACAAGGGUCUAACUCCCUUGAGCCACGAAUACGGGGAAACAACAAUUGUUCCAGACAUGCACACCCGCAAACGUAUGAUGGCUACCGAAAGCGAUGCGUUUGUCGCUAUGCCCGGGGGCUACGGUACUCUGGAAGAGAUCAUGGAAUGUGUCACGUGGUCGCAACUCGGUAUCCACCAGAAGCCCGUGGUGCUAUUCAACACCAAUGGAUUUUUUGACGGCCUGCUGCAAUUCAUCCAGCAUGCCAUUAAGAGCGGAUUUAUCAGCGAAAAGAAUGGCCGCAUCAUCCAGGUCGCCACCACCGCAGAAGAAGUCAUCGACAAGAUCCAGCAAUACGUGGUGCCAGAAGGUCGGUUCAACUUAAACUGGAGUGACGAACAUUCCGAUGGCAAAUAG